AACAAUGAUUUCCCACUGUUUCAUAAUUGCAGACCCAAAUAGUGCAAAAGGUUUCAUACACAGUUCAUAAUGCAUCACCAUAGCAACUCAUAUGGGCCAACAAUGGGAACCUAUGAGUGUAAAGGCAUGUUUUAGCUUUGAUAGUGUGUUUUGUUUUUUUUUUAUUUAAAUGUAUCCUGUGGUUGGGAAUACCUAGAAUUAUCCAUCACAAAGAACAGAACCUCUCCUACAGCUAAAUAAAAUAGAGGGCAGAGGCGGAUUUUCCCAACUCACAUCUGUCACCAAGCCACAUCAUAAUUUAUCUAGAUGAGCUGUUACAAGGAUCACGUGCCUAUUGAGAAACCAUGGAUUCACCGAGAAUAUUUUCACCCAGCUAUCUCCAUGGUGUUGGGAGGCUUUGCCCCAAGAUCCUACCAUGACCUUGCUCUGAAACAACUACCUCAUACAGAAAUAAAGUAUGUUACACAGCAGCGAGCCCUCAAGCCUUGGGAUGGUAAAUCUCAUCAUAUAUGGGGCUACCACACUUGGGUGGAUGUGGGGCGUCUACCCCCAGUUUUUCCCACCAGGCCUGAUAAACCUUAUGAUAGUAAUGUCUGGCGUUGGCUCACUCGGGCUGAGGAACAUAAAUGCCCUUUCAGCAAAGCCCCUAUUCCUCCACCAUCCUGGCUUGGGAAGAAUACUUUUAUGCAUUUUGUUGAGACUCAUCCUAUCUUCUCGGAUCCAGCAAAAAAGGGAAAGGUAAUCACCAAGUGCGAAAAGGAGACAAAAGAAUCAGAAAUCCUUAAAGCAAGAAGCAAAGCAAGGGUACCCCCACUGGAUACCCAGGGUAACAUCGUACCUCCUGAGAAUUUCAAGAGGUACAGACAUGUGACAGCAGGAGGACGGCUCGACCCUAACGGUUUCCAGCUCGUGCCUAACCCUCUGCCCAAUUUAUUAUGCAGAGGUUGGGCCUGCCCCAACCCUGAACCACAUUACAAGGAGACGCUGUCCUUGAGGCUCCUACUGCAACCUGCUCCUCCACUGCACCCUGAAAUGGCCAUUAAGGGUUGAGGAGCCACCCUUCCAACCUGCUUCUGCUUCUACCUGGCUUGGAGGACGUGGACCUUCUCAAAGAGGUCUCCCAUUCAGCUACCAACACCCAGACCCAGGGAGCCCCUCCAGCUAAACCUUCCAUUCCCUUUCCCUGGCCUCCCUCCAAGAGACUUUCAGGGUCAUCUUUUCUAAAAACAAAACAUUUUUUGAACCCAUACCUUCUGUGUACAUCAAAAUCACCUCCUGACAUCUUUCCAUCAUGAACCCUCCUUGUGACAAAAAUAGUGACCCAAAGGCAACCCAGUGAUGACCGAGUCUGUUGCUCCUCUCCUGAAAGGAAUCUCUUCAAAGGCAUCUCCUCCAACUUAGAAGAUUAUAGCUCUUAGCCUCCCCUUGCUGUGUGUGUGUGUGUGUGUGUGUGUGUGUGUGUGUGUGUGUGUGAGAGAGAGAGAGAGAGAGAGAGAGAGAGAGAGAGAGAGAGAGAGAGAGAGAGAGAGAGAGAGAGAGAAGAGAGAGGGAUGGAGGGAGAAGGGAGAGAGGGAGGGAAGGAGAGAGAAAGAAAGUGAAAAGAGAAGAGAGAGGGAGAGAAGAAAGAGGGAGAGAGAGAACAAGAGAGGAGAGAGGGAUGGAGGGAGAAGGGAGGGAGGGAAGGAGAGAG